AUGCAGACUGCUUCUACAAACAUUUGUGAAAGACUGUGCAAUAAGUCCAUCUGUGAAAUGUCCUUGCUACUAAAUAUUCCACAGUCAACUGUUAGUGGUAUUAUAACAAAGUGGAAGCAACUGGGAAUAACAGCAACUCAGCCACGAAGUGGUAGGCCACGUAAAAUGACAGAGCGGGGUCAGCGCAUGCUGAAGUGCACAGUGCCCAGAAGUCGCCAACUGUCUGCAGAGUCAGUAGCUAAAAAACUCCAAACUUUGUGUGGCCUUCAAAUUAGCAUAACAACAGUGCAUACAAAGCUUCAUAGAAUGGGUUUCCAUGGCCGAGCAGCUGCAUCCAAGUCUGACAUCAGCAAGUGCAAUGAGAAGCGUUGGAUGCAGUGGUGUAAAGCACAUCGCCACUGGACUCUA